UGCUCUGCGGCCGCCAGCCCACCUGCGCACGUGCGCCGCGCGGCCCGCCGGGCGCUGGAGGGGCGGGGCCGCAGCGCGAGCCGGGUGGCGAGGGGCGGGUCCAGCCGGAGCUGCGUGGGCAGCGACGCCUAGCCGGGCGCUCAGCCAGCGCGGGAACCCGCCGAGGUUCGGCGUGUGUCGGGGUCGCGCCCGGCAGGAGGGGCCUUGUCGAGGAGGCCGCCGCGCUGCUCAGCUCCGAUUUCCUUCUGAAUAUGCUGUAAGAAUACUUGCAUUUGCUGAAUGUGCCAUGAAAUUGAAAUUGUUGACCACUGGUCUAGAGAUGUUUACUUAUAAAUGAAGCCAGCAAUCAAGAAUCAUCAUGUAUUUGAAGAAAAUCAAAAGAUAUCAAGCCAAAUAAGCCAUAUUGUUGACCCUUUGAGAAAAAAUAUUUCUGAAUAAUCAAAAUACUGGGAUUAUGGUCCACCUGAAGAACAGUUUGAAGUUCUCUAAACCAGUGUCUCCAAAAUGAGCAUUUCCAUGAUGAGUAAAAAAAAGGAAACAGCUUCACAGCGGAGACUUCCUGAGUGGAUGUCUGUGCAGAAUAAGAAAUGUGAUGUAGAAGAGAAAAAGUUAUCUAUUCAGAAGAGUGUUUUUGAAGAUGAUCUCCCCUUCUUAGAAUUCACUGGAUCCAUUAUGUAUAGUUAUGAAGCAAGCGAUUGCUCUUUUUUAGCGGAAGAUAUUAGCAAGAGUCUAUCGGAUGGACAUGUGGUAGGAUUUGAUAUAGAAUGGCCACCAGUAUACCGCAAAGGGCAACUGGGCAAAGUUGCACUCAUUCAGUUAUGUGUGUCAGAAAGCAAAUGUUACUUGUUUCAUAUUCCUUCGGCAUCAGUUUUUCCUCAGGGAUUAAAACUGUUGCUUGAAAAUGAAGCAAUUAAAAAGGCAGGUGUAGGAAUUGAAGGAGAUCAGUGGAAACUCCUACGUGACUUUGAUGUUAAAUUGAAGAGCCUUGUGGAACUAGCAGAUGUUGCCAAUGAAAAGUUGAAAUGUACAGAGACAUGGAGCCUCAAUGGUUUGGUUAAACAUCUCUUAGGUAAACAGCUUCUGAAAGAUAAAGCUGUUCGCUGUAGCAACUGGAAUGAUUUUCCUCUCAGUGAAACACAGAAGCUGUAUGCGGCCACGGAUGCUUAUGCUGGUCUCAUCAUUUAUCAAAAACUGGAAAUUUUGGAGGAUGAUGUUGCACAAAUAUUUUCUAUAAAUAAAGAGGAGGAACUACCAGCCCACAGUGUGAAGAAACAGCUGACUUCCAUGUCCAAGGAGAUGAUGGAUCUGGCUGAACACCUUCCUGAUACUUUAAGCAAAUGUGAAGACUCACAGAGGAUGUGUUUACUGUUAAAGGAUAUUUCAGAAAAUUUAUAUUCAUUGAAAAAGAUACUAUUAGGUUCUUCUGACCCCAAGACUGAACUGCACCCCAGCAGUAAUUUUAGCUUAUUGCCAGUGGAGAAUCCAGUUGUUGGUGAAGUAUAUCAGAAGCAAAUUAGAAAACACAAAAUUGUUAAUAAAGUUGAAGAUGAGAAAUCUCUUGAUAAUUUAGUUGAGCAUAAUGCAGAGAAUAUAUUUGGAGAUGAAAUAAAACAAGGAGAAAAUAAAUUUGAAGAUCGAUUAGAAGACCAAUCAAAAACAAAUACAGAGAGAACUUGUUUGAUGUCAUUAGAUAUUACAGAUUAUGAACUCCAAAUUUUGGAACAGCAGGCUUCAGAAAAAGUUUUGAGAGAUAUUACUUGCAAAUCUCCUGAGCAUUUGUCUUCCAAGAGUAAUGAAGAGGAUAUGUCUUAUGUAAUUGAAAGCGAUGAAGAUUUAGAAAUUGAGAUGCUCAAGUCUUUAGAAAACCUAAACAGUGACACUUUGGAACCAGUUCAUUCUGAAUGUAUUGAGAUGGAAAGUAAUCUGGAUCUUCAUUUUGAAGAAGAGGAUGAUGAGGAUGAAGCGAUUAAAGAGGAGGAAGAAGACAUCGACCUUUCAUUACCAGAACCUAGUGUAGAGCAAGUUACUUGCCUCAAGACCUACUUUGGCCAUUCCAAUUUCAAGCCUGUUCAAUGGAAAGUAAUUCAUUCGAUACUGAAAGAAAGAAGAGAUAAUGUUGUUGUCAUGGCAACUGGGUAUGGAAAGAGUUUGUGCUUCCAGUACCCCCCUGUUUAUGAAGGUGGGACCAGCCUUGUCAUCUCGCCUCUUAUUUCUUUGAUGGAAGACCAAGUGCUCCAGCUCGAAAUGUCCAACAUUCCAGCUUGCUUUCUUGGAUCAGCACAGUCAAAAAAUGUUAUAACAGAUCUUAAAUCAGGCAAAUAUCGAAUUGUAUACAUAACACCAGAAUUCUGUGCUAGUUACUUGGACGUACUCCAGCAACUUGAAUCUAAUAUUGGAAUCACUCUUAUUGCUGUGGAUGAGGCACACUGUAUUUCUGAGUGGGGACAUGAUUUUAGAAAUUCAUACCGAUCUCUGCACUCUCUGAGGAGAGUAUUCCCCUCGGUACCAAUUGUUGCACUAACUGCCACAGCAACUUCUUCAAUCCGGGAAGAUAUUAUUCAUUGUUUAAAACUGAAGGAUCCUCAGAUUACUCUUACUAGUUUUGAUCGGCCGAACUUGUACUUAGAAGUUGGACGAAAAACUGGCAAUAUUUGUCAGGAUCUGAAGCAAUUUCUUGUCAAAAAGACAAGUUCUACCUGGAAUUUUGAAGGCCCAACUAUCAUCUAUUGUCUUUCUAGAAAAAUGACAGAAGAAGUUGCAGCUCAACUUAGGUUGCUGCAGUUAGCCUGUGAAACAUACCAUGCGGGCAUGAAUAUUAAGUCAAGGAAAGAGGUGCAUCAUAAAUUCAUGAGAGAUGAAAUUCAGUGCAUCGUAGCUACCAUAGCUUUUGGAAUGGGAAUUAACAAAGCUGACAUUCGCAGAGUCAUUCAUUACGGUGCCCCUAAGGAAAUGGAAUCGUAUUACCAGGAGAUUGGCAGAGCUGGUCGAGAUGGACUUCCAAGUUCUUGCCACCUACUCUGGGCUCCAGCAGACAUUGCUUUAAAUAGGAACCGCCUUAAUGAGAUAAAAGAUGAACAGUUUCGAUUAUACAAAUUAAAGAUGAUGGCAAAGAUGAAAAAAUAUCUUUAUUCCAGCAAGUGUAGGCGACAAAUCAUCUUGUCUCAUUUUGAAGAUAAACAACUACGAAAAGCCUCCUUGGGUAUUAUGGGAACUGAAAAAUGCUGUGAUAAUUGCAGGUCCAGAUUAAAUUCUUGCUUUGCAAUUGAUGAUACAGAGGAGACUCAACAGGACUUUGGUCCACAAGCAUUCCAGUUAUUAUCUGCAGUGAACAUCUUAGGAGAAAAAUUUGGAAUUGGCGUUCCAAUUUUGUUUCUCCGAGGAUCUUAUUCCCAGCGCCUUGAAGACAGAUAUCGAAAGCACAGUUUUUUUGGCAUUGGCAAGGAUCACACAGAGAGUUGGUGGAAGGCUUUAUCUUAUCAGCUUGUUAUUGAGGGAUUCUUGAUAGAAGCUUCUGGGAAGAGCAAGUAUGUGAAGAUUUACAAACUUACAGAAAAGGGUAGAAAUUGGCUUGAUAAAGCCAGUACAGAGACUGCUCGGAAACUUAUCCUUCAAACUAAUGAAGAAUUAUGUUCAUCGAGUUCUAAAAUUGUGUCUUCAGGCAGUCGUAGUCAACAGUAUUUCUCCAGACAAGAAGCAACUGAAUUAAGUGCAGAGAGGAAGUCUAACUUGGAGAAGGUUUAUUCUUACAAAACAUUUGAUAAGGUGUCUUCUGGGAAUAACAGUCCUAAAAAAAGCCUCAUGGUGGCGUCAUUGGGGAAGUCUUCCAGAUCUUCAGAAUGCGUGAUCUCAGCUCAAGAGCAGGAGACUCAGACUGUGUUAUAUUGCAAAUUAGUAGAAGCCAGGCAGAAACAUGCCAGUAAAAUGAAUGUUCCCCCAGCCAUUCUGGCAACAAAUAAGAUAUUGCUGGAUAUGGCCAAAAUGAGACCUACUACUGUUGAAAAUGUGAAGAGGAUUGAUGGGGUUUCUGAAGGCAAAUCUACCAUGUUGGCCCCUCUCUUGGAAGUUAUCAGAGAUUUCUGUCAAUCAAAUACUAUUCAGACAGACAUCUUUUCAAGUACAGAACCUCAGGAAGGACUGAACAACAGACUGGGGGCAAAGGAAGCUUGUUCACUAUCACCGUCCGUGUCCAGCACAGACUCUUUAUUCCAGCUAGAGAAGAUGACUUUGAAGCGCGUGACUGAGAGCAGGACUCUGCCCCUCAUCUCAGUUGGCAGGCCCUCAUCCCAAGCGGGAAAAGCUGGCUACCCACUCCAGACGGAGCGAGCGGGCCUGACUCCAGAGGUUCAGAAGAUUAUUGCUGAUGUUAUCCGAAACCCUCCCGUCAACUCAGAUACAAGUCAAAUGAAACUAAUUAGAACGUUAGUUCCUGAAGACAUUGAUACAUAUCUUAUCCACAUGGCAAUUGAAAUUCUGGAAAAAGAUCAUCAUAAUAAAUCUUUCUGCCAACCUUCAUAUGAUUCCAGCAUAAAGAGGUGUUACCCUGACUCUGAAGAGGGCUGUUCAAGUUCAAAGAGAAACAAGGAAGACGGCAUUAAUAGCAAGGUCAAUGAGAAAUGUUUUGAUGAUGUUGCAUUGAAAGAAGAGAGUCACAGGCUGACUUCUUGGGGGCAGCCGUUCAGCGAUUCAGAAAUAGAGGAUCUGUUUACAGAUUGUUAUCCACAGACUUACUCUGAGACUUCGAAGGAAAAAUUACCUGCCCGAGGAAAUUAUGUCAGAAAAAAAACAGUAGCCAAAACCAAAAACAAGGGUCUCUUUGGUUGAUUGCUGCAUGUGGGGUAUGGAGCAGUGAGUGAAACCUCUGAUAUAUAAGUGCAAGUCAAGACAAAAGCACAGAUGACUGAUGCCUCGGAUUCCCAGUCCCUGAGUGCACAUCUCUUCAGUGUUCCCUGUGAGCAAGUGGAUCAAAGCAUGUUGCCACCUGCCAGCACAUGGUGGUUGGCUCUCAGGUGCACUCCUUGACUGAGCAGUGAAUUGAAAUAGCUCACAUUCCCCUGUGGAGCACCCUGUUUUUGAUCUGUUUCUGGUCCAAAUCGGACAGCGUUCAGGACUUACUCCUUACUCUGUGCUGAGGGAUCACCACUAGUGGGGCACAGGGGCCCGUAUGCAGUGGCAGAGAAUUCAGCCUGUAUUGACUGUGUGUAACAAGUGCCUGACGCCUGAAACGAUCUCUCUGGACUCAGUUUUACUAACAAGAAUGAUUGACAGAAAACUGCAGUUGGUUAUUCACACUUGGAUGUUUGAUGGAACAGAUUCAUUGUUUCACUUCAGGAAAAGUUGAUGUCAUUUGUUGCCAAUGGUGAAAGUUUAGAUUUUUUGCAAAAUUAGUAACCCUAGAAAACUUGUGUCUGACACUGAGAUCUUGACAGUUUCCUUGAUUUUCUGAUACGGUGGGUAAGAUGAACAAAUGUGACUUUUGGGUGUAUUACGUAGUGAUUUUUAAUCGGCAUUGGAAGAUCAAUGUAACUAACAGAUCAGUGUUUUACAGAUGACUGAGACGUGAUGUUACAAGAUAAGACAGAAGAAAGGUCCAUUCAGAGUACAAGAUGGACCACUAGAGGUAUUGAUCACAAAUCACAGACAAUCUUUUAGAAACUAAUAUAUUCCCAUUUUUAGUAUAAUAUUGAUAAAGAAUGUACCUAAAAAAACUAGUAAAACCAUCCUUCCUUUUCCAAAUACUGCGUGAGGCAAACGUUUUUUGAAACAGAUCAGAGUAUCCGGCCAUUCUUAAUUUAUUUAUAACAAUUGAACUUUUAUUUGGAAAAUUUUUGCCUAAGGUGACAACUGUUUUUUAAUUAUUUUUUAAAGAAUAAAAGGAACGGGGGUCCCUGCCGGUUCCUACGUGGCCGGUCCUGCCUGGGUCGUCCAGCAUCCGUCCAGUCACUGCACCUCCCCGCCUGGCUCCCUAAUACUGCCCCUGCCUCCAGGUAAUCGGACCACUUCCCGAGCUCCGCCUCCCAGGUCCCCGCCUGUUCCUACGCAGCAUCCGUCCAGCCCAAGAGGAUACUGGGGGCGUGGACUAUAUCUCGGGGCAUGGUCUCAAAAGGGGCGUGGCCUCCUGCCUGAGUGGCUGCAGUUAUUAUUUCUUGCUUUAGCAUAGUAGGUAUAGUCUGUUUCUUUCAAAAUCACCCUAGCCAUCUCAAUCACUCUAUUCCAAAUAGCCCAUAAGCUUAUUCUAACUUCACAAAAACUAUCAGUGAAUAAUAGAAACUGCGCAAAACCUUGGUAAAGAGAACAUAACUUUAAACCUUCACUAGAGACCCCACAUCAAUCUGGAAGAGGGCCUUAGAGUAAGGAAGAACUCUAGAAUAGGAACAAAGCUGCCAUCAGCAAUAGCACAACCAGAGUUCCCCUCCUCCCGCGGCAAGAGGGAAUAGGAAUAGACAACCACAAGGUUCCAACCCUAUACUUCCACAACAAUAUGAAGAAGCAGCGAAAAUCCCCUCCACGAAGAGAAGAAGAAAAGAUUCCAGAAACCUCAACAGGGGCUACUCAGAUCUAUGACCUCUCAGAUAAAGAAUUAAGAGAGGAAAUCUUGAGGAAAGUUAACAAACUCCAAGCAACCAUGGAACAGAUAUCUAAUAAAUUAAGGGAGGAUACAAAUGAAGCAUUGGAAUGGUCCACCAAAAAAAUACAGGAAGAAAUGAGAGCAGAAAUUUCAAAGCUACGAGUAGAAGUCACACAAAUAAAGGAAUCGGUAGAUGAGUUAAAAAUCUCAGUAGGAGCCCUCAACACUGGAAUAGCUACAGCCGAAGACAGAAUCAGUGAGCUUGAAGAUGAGCUGCAGAAAGCUUACAGACAACAACAAAUAAUGGCAAAAGACCUCAAAAUGGCUGUAGAGUGAAUCAGAGUCCUUGGGGAUGACUUCAAGAGGACUAACGUAAGAAUCAUUGGAGUACCAGAAGCACAGGGAAGUAACCCCAAUGAAAAAAUACAGUGAAAGACAUCAUUGCUAAGAAAUUCCCAGAGCUGGAGAAGGCAGGCAUCCAGAUCCAAGGGGUCCGAAAAGCACCAGCAAAAAGAGACCCGAAUAAAAAGACUCCAAGGCAUAUCAUAGAAUGACGAAUGCUGUGGAUAGAGACACACUUCUGCAAGCAGCAAGGUCAAAGAAGGAAAUCACAUACAAAGGAGUGUUGGAAUAAUUCCCCUUUUCCAGCUGCCUUCUGGAGUUAAUUUCAGAGGCAGUUUCCCUUUUGUCACAGAAGCCUAGCUGAUCUUUGACAUGCAGAUUUUAGGUGCCAGCCAGGCCUGACUUGACAUUGUAGAUUGCAGGCUCUGGCCUAGCCUAGUCUUUGGGAUGUAAAUCUGAGUGCUUUCAGCCCAAAGAAGGCUUCGGUUUUGGUUUUGUAUCUUCUUUCCGGGGCCUAGAUUAACGGCCUGCAGAUACAAGAGAAUUAUGUUGCCUCAAUGUUCUUCCUGUAAGAUCUUUUGGUGCCUUUGGUGACGUCAAUGUAUUAACUUUGGAAGGGCCAUGAUCAAUAAAAGGGGUUCGGAGAGGUGAGGGGGCGAGUGUAUAGAGGUAAGAUUGGAAUAAACUGCAAGUGAGACCAACCAUCUUGGCUCCGUUCCUUCCUUCGCCUGACACAUCAUCGCCAUCAACCUCCCAGGGGUGGGGGAAGCGGCCGGAGGCUACCGAAGUUGGGUGGCGGGAGAGACAGCUGCUGCCUGGCUCGGUGCGCUGAGGCGUCCCUUCCCUCGCCCGCGCCUUUUCUUUUUAUACAAAGGAGCACCCCUCAGAUUUACAGCAGACUUAUCAGAGGAAACUCUCCGAGCCCGAAGACAGUGGUGGGACAUAGUGAAAAAACUCAAUGAAAUGAACGCCUCACCAAGAAUACUUUAUCCAGCUAAACUCUCACUCAAACUCGAACCAUACACUAUUUCUCGGAUAAACAACAGCUCAGGAAAUUCAGACUCAAAAUCAAACUUAAAAGAAGGUCUAAGGGGGCUAUUGUAAGACAAGGAAGAACCCCAUAAGAAUAACAAACCCCACAGAAAGAUGGCACAAAACCCCAUGACAAUAAUCUCUCUCAGUGUCAAUUGCCUAAAUGUAUCUAUCAAGAGACACAGAGUGGCAAAAUGGAUCCGGAAACUAAACCCAACAUUCUGCUGCCUGCAAGAAACACACCUAAACAGCCACAGCAAACACAGACUCAGAGUUAAAGGAUGGAAAACAAUCCUGCAGGCAAACGACUCCCUCAAAAAGCUGGAGUGGCCAUACUAGUAUCCAACAACAUAGAUUUCAGGUUGAAAAAGAUUAGAAGGGACAGUGAAGGUCAUUUUCUAUUUAUCAAGGGAUAUGUACAACAGGAGGAAAUCACACUCUUAAAUGUAUACGUACCUAAUGAACGACCGGCUAAAUACGUAAAACAACUCCUAACAAACUUUAAAGAGGACAUCACUAACAGCACAAUAGUAGUCGGAGACUUCAACACUGCUGUAUCACCUCUGGAUAGAUCGACAAGAACAAAGCUCAGCAAGGAAACACUGACUGAAAGAAGAAAUUGAAGAAAGGCCUAAUAGACCUAUACAGGGCUUUACACCCCCAAAAGAAUAUACAUUCCAGUGCACACGGAACAUUUUCCAAAAUAGACCGUGUACUGGGACACAAAACAUACUUCCAGAGAAUUGGAAAAAUAGAAGUUGUAUCAACCAUCUUUUCAGACCAUGAUGCGCUGAAGAUAGUAGUCAUGCACAGACACGGAAAACCAAAUCAAACACCUGGAAAUUAAACUACUCAGUGUUGAACAAUGAGUGGGUCAGGAAGGAAAUCAAGGAAGAAAUCAAAAGAUACCUAGAAACAAAUGAGAAUGAAGACGGGCUACCAAAACACAUGGGAUGCAACUAAAGCCAUGUUAAAGGGAAAAUUUAUAGCUCUGCAAGCAUUCCUCAGGAAGGAAGAAAGGAUAGAUAGCUUGACUUCACAGCUCAAGAUCUUAGGAAAGGACCAGAGAAAGGAACCCAAAUGAGAGUGAAGGAAAGAAAUAAUAAAAAUUAGAGCAGAAAUUAACGACAUGGAAACUCAGAAAACAAUCUGAAAGAUCAAUGAAACCAAGAGCUGGUUCUUUGAGAAAAUAAACAAGAUUGAUAACACAUUAACAAGACUCACAAAGAAAGAGAGUGAGAGAGAACCCUAAUAAACUGAAUCAGAAAUGAAAAGGGGGACAUCACAACAGAAACCAAUGAGAUUCAAAAGAUCAUCAGAGACUACUUUGAAGGUCUGUAUGCCACGAAACAAGAGAACCUAAAAGAAAUGGAUGAAUUCCUUGAUUCCUACAAUCUCCCAAGACUGAACUAAGAAGACAUGGAAUAGUUGAAUAGACCCAUUAAUAUCAAGGAAAUCGAAACUGCAAUGAGAAGUCUCCCGAAAAACAAAAGCCCAGGUCCAGAUGGAUUCACUGGUGAAUUCCUCCAAACAUUUAAAGAGGACUUGUUGCCAUUUCUCCUCAAGCUUUUCCAGGAAAUUGAAAAAACAGGAACUCUCCCAGUUUCUAUGAGGCAUAUAUCUCCUUAAUACCAAAAGCAAAGACUCCACUAACAAAGAAAAUUACAGACCAAUAUCCCUGAUGAACACUAAUCCUCCACAAAAUAUUAGCAAAUAGAAUCCAACAACUCAUCAAAAAGAUCAUACACUAUGAUCAAGUGGGAUUCAUCCCAGGGAUGCAAGGAUGGUUUAACAUUCGGAAAUCAAUCAACAUAAUCUAUCAUAUCAACAAAAAUAAAGAUAAAAACCAUAUAAUGUCAAUAGAUGCAGAGAAAGCAUUCAACAAGAUCCAAUAUCCGUUCAUGAUGAAAACUCUCACCAAAUUGGGUUUUGGAGGAACUUUCCUCAAGAUAGUCGAAGCCAUCUACCACAAACCUAUGGCAAGCAUUAUCUUCAAUGGGGAAAAACUAAGGGCUUUCCUCUAACAUCGGGAAUAAGACAAGGAUGCCCACUCUCACCACUUCUCUUCAGUAUUGUACUGAAAGUACUAGCAUUAGCCGUUAGGCAAGAAAAAUAUUAAGGGCAUUCAGAUAGAAAAGGAAGAAAUCAAACUUCCACUAUUUGCAGAUGAUAUAUCUAGAGAAACCUAAAACCUCUACUAAGAAACUCUUAGAAACAAUUGACUUGUACAGUAAAGUCACAGGCUAUAAAAUCAAUACCCAAAAAUCCAUGGCCUUCCUAUAUGCAAACAAUGAGACAGAGGAAAGGGACAUGAAAAAAGCAAUCCCGUUCACAAUCGUGCCUCCGAAAAUCAAAUACCUGAGAAUCAGCUUAACUAAAGAAGCAAAGGACCUCUACAAAGAAAAGUAUAAAAUGCUACUCCAUGAAAUAAAAGAGGACAUGAGGAAAUGGAAACAUAUCCCCUGCUCAUGGAUAGGGAGAAUCAACAUUGUCAAAAUGGCAAUACUCCCCAAAGCAUUAUGCAGAUUCAAUGUGAUCCCUAUAAGGAUACCCAUGACAUUCUUCAUAGAAAUGGAUCAAGCAACCCUGAAAUUCAUAUGGAAUAAUAAACGCCCACAGAUACCUAAAACAAUUCUUGGGAAACAGAUGAUGGGAGGCAUCACCCUCCCCAACCUUAAACUUUAGUACAAAGUGGUAACAAUUAGAACAGCAUGGUACUGGAACAAAGGCAAAGCCGUAGACCAAUGGAACAGAGUGGAAUAUCCCUAAACAGAAACCCAAAUAUAUGACCAUCGAAUCUUUGAUAAGGGGACAAGAAAUGUGAAGUGGAGCAAUAAAAGCCUCUUCAACAAAUGGUGUUGGCAUAACUGGACAACCACAUGCAAAAAAAUGGGCUUAGACCUCAAUCUGAUGCCAUGCACAAAAAUCAGAUCAAAAUGGAUUAAAGACCUCAACAUCAGGCCACAAUCCAUAAGGUACAUCAAAGACAAGGUCGGCAAAACCCUCCAUGAUAUUGAAGCUAAACGUAUCUUCAAAGAUGACACGGAACUAAGCAAUCAAGUAAAAACAGAUAAACAAAUGAGACUAUAUUAAACUAAGAAGCUUCUGCACUGCAAAAGACACAGUGACCAGAAUUCAAAGGCAAUCUACAGAAUGGGAAAGGAUAUUCACCCAAUACCCAUCCAAUAAAGGGUUGAUAUCAAGGGUACAUAAAGCACUGGUUGAACUCUACAAGAAGAAAACAUCCAACCCCAUCAGAAAAUGGGCUGAAGAAAUGAACAGAAACUUUUCCAAGGAAGAGAUACGAAUGGCUAAAAGGUACAUGAAAAAUGCUCUGCAUCACUAAUCAUCAGGGAGAUGCAGAUCAAAACAACCAUGAGAUACCACCUCACACCACAGAGAAUGGCACACAUCCAAAAGAACAGAAGCAACCGCUGUUGGAGAGGAUGUGGGGAGAAAGGGACCCUUCUACAUUGCUGCUGGGAAUGCCGACUGGUCCAGCCUCUUUGGAAAACAAUAUGGAUGCAUCUCAAAAAAUUAGAAAUUGAGCUUCCAUUUGAUCCAGCAAUACUACUUCUGGGAAUAUAUCCUGGAGAAACAAAAAAGUACAGUCGAAAUGACAUCUCCACUUACAUGUUCAUUGCGGCACUGUUUACAGUAGCCAGAAUCUGGAAAAAUCCUGGGUGCCCGAGAACAGAUGACUGGUUAAAGAAACUUUGGAACAUCUAUACAGUGGUAUACUAUGCAGCUGUUAGAAAAGAUGAAGUCAUGAGCUUUGCAUAUACGUGGAUCAACAUGGAAAGUAUCAUGCUAAAUGAAAUGAGCCAGGAAGAGAGGGACAGACAUAGAAAGAUUGCACUCAUCUGUGGUAUAUAAAAUAACAGAGUAGGAGACUAACACCCAAGAAUAGUAGUAUAUAAUACCAGGAGGUUAGCUCGAUAGCUUGGAAGCUGGCCUCACAUGCUGUGUGAAAGUCAUCUCAGAUAGAGAAGGGAACACCAAGUAAAAUGUGAUUGGAGAUCCCACGAUGGAAGGGAGAUGCAUGCUGAAAGUAGACUAGAGACUGAACAUGAUGGCCACUCAGUACCCCUAUUGCAAACCAUAACGCCCCAAAAGAGAGAACAAAUUGGAAUGCCCUGCCACAAAGGUGGGGUGGGGGGAUGGGAUUGGGGCGUGGGAGGGAUGCUGGGUUCAUUUGUGGUGGAGAAUGGACACCGGUGGAAUGAUGGGCUCUCGAACAUUGUAUGAGGAAAACACAAGCACGAAAAUGUGUAAAUCUAUAACUGGACCCUCAUGGUGACUCACUAAAAAUGGUGACUUUUUAAUUAAUUUAUUUAAAAAGAAAUUAAUUAGGCCAUCUUGCCACAUUGAACAGAGAAGAGGCCAGGCAGUCUGGUGAGCAACGCGGCCGGAGAAAUGCUCCGGACCAGAAUCGGGGCCAACAACACCAGGGAUCCAGACAGAGGAGGUACAGCUGGGACGCCUUCUCCAAAUGGAGCCCUGGCUACACUGAGCAGCAACUAACACGGCUCCGGGUUGCGGAACUGGAACACAUCCGAGCCGCGGGGGGGCACUGGAGUGGGGCAGCGCCAGCCCAAUCUCCAAAUGGCCCCGGCCGCCGGAAGUCACGCCCUUGACCCACCCUCGGCGCCAUCUUGCCACAUUGAACAGAGAAGAGGCCAGGCAGUCUGGUGAGCAGCGCGGCCGGAGAAAUGCUCCGGACCGGAAUCUGGGCCAACAACACCAGGGAUCCAGACGGAGGAGGUACAGGUGGGACGCCUUCUCCAAAUGGAGCCCUGGCGACACUGAGCAGCAACUAACACAGCUCCGGGUUGCGGGACUGGAACACAUCCGAACUGUGACCUUUUCUAAAAACUGAAAACAUACAAUCUUUUAAUGGAAAACCAAUUAUCAAAUGCUUCCUCAGUAAGGCUGUCUUUCUUGGGCGGAAACUCCAGCAACAAUAGUGAGUUUUGUUUUGCAAUAUGGAACGUAAUCAAGGUAAAGAGAAAAUGAAGUGAA